AUGGUCAACGCCGCCGACCUCAUGAGGCAACACCAGUCUCAACAGGCCCAAGCCAAUGCUGUCGCCGAUCAGCCUCCCAUGGACGACCCUUUCCCGUCCCUCAGCCAGGAUCCCUUCCCAGCUGAGCCCGUCGCUGCUCCUUCCGGAUCUAGCUCCGCCGCCGCCAUUUUGAGCGGCAACGGCAACGGUGCCUCCCACGAAGACGCUGCCUCGUCCGCUACCAACGGCCGCGCUCAGGGCCCUGGUCGUUCCAAGCAGCCAGACUUCUCCUCCGAAUCCGCUUUCCCUUCGCUUGGCGCUGGCCCCGGCCCUGCCAAGGGUGCCUGGGGUAGCAAGGGCUCCUCUUGGACCGGCUCUGCACCCGUCAUUCAACGCUCCGUUGCUCAGCAGACCUUCUCGCUUUCGCUUUCGCACGACUCCGUAGCCAAGCUUUCGACCGUCAUGUCCAAGGUGCAGAGCAAGUACCGUGGCGUCAAGAUCGAGGCUUCCACCACCCGCAAGACCGGUACCACCACCUUCGUCCUCAAGGCUGCCGAUGAUGCUGCCAUCAAGAGCGCCAAGCGUGAAAUCACCGUUCUGCUCGCCAAGCACGUCUCGACCCAGAUCAUGAUCCCGGCUUCCCUCCGUGCCUUUGUCAUCGGUGCUAAGGGUAAGAACCUCAAGGCCAUUACCGAGCAGACCAGCGUCAAGGUCAACAUCCCUCCUCGCGACCCUGCCGCCGACCUUGCUGGCGAUGAUCAGCGCAACAACAACGUCGACUACGAGAAUGACGAGCAGAUUGCCGUCACGCUCGAAGGUGACGAGAUCAACGUCAAGCAGGCUCAGGCCAUGAUCCAGGCCAUCGUUGCCGAAAAGACUUCCAAGAUCACUCAGCGACUCACCCACAUCGACCACAUCUUCUACCCGUUCAUCGCCGGGCCCAAGGGCACCAACGCUGCUCAGCUCGAAAAACAAGCCGGCGAGGGCGAGAUCUCGGUCCGUGUGCCUCCCCGUGCCGCCUUCCUCCACAGCAAGGACGGUGACGACGACUCGGCUGAACCCAAGCGCGAGCGGGAUCUCGCCAUCAUCGUCUCGGGCGAUCGCGAAAAGGUAAACAAGACUGUGUCCUCCAUCGAGGCGCAGGUCGAGGAAAUGAAAAACUCGUUCCGUACUCUCGCCAUCAGCAUCCCCAAGCGUCAACACCGCUUCCUCGUCGGCGAUGCUGCCAACGACAUUCUCGCCUCCACCUCUUGCAGCGUCGAGCUGGCUGCCAUCGACGACCCUUCGGAUAGCGUCACCAUCCGUGGCCCUCAGUCAAAGCUUCCUCUGGCCCUCACAGCCGCUAUGGAGAAGGCCAACGCGGUUCGCGUCGAGGUUGUCGAUGCCGUCGCCGCACACAGGUCGCUCGCCAAGGACCCCGUUGGUCACGCCAAGCACGUCCUUCGAUGGCUCAGCGUUGGCGGCAAGAUCCCUCGCAGCUCCACCGCCCAAAUCUACCUCCCCCGACCCGCCAUCGUCGAGUCGACUGGCAACGUCCAGAUCGAGAUCGUGGGCUCCGACGCUGCCGAGGUGUCGAAGCUGAGGGAGACCAUUCAGGAGCUCGUCAAGUCUGUUCCUCCCAGCUUUAUCGAGGAGAUCGAGGUGGACCCCCUCCUCCAUCGCUUCAUCAUCGGCAAGAAGGGCCAAGGCUUGAAGCCGUACGAGGCCCGUGGUGUCGAUGUCCUCUUCCCGCCGGCGUCGUCCAGCGCUGACGGUGACUCUCGUUCCGAUGUCCUCCUCGUCCUGGGCGGAGCCUCGGUGGUUGCAGGUCUGCCAUCGGACCGCAAAGCUCGUGACGCCAAGGCCAAGGAGAUCCUCGACACCAUCAAGGAAGACAUCCAGAAGGCUCAGGUGGCCGCUGCCGACAUUCGAACAGAGACCUUGACCGUGCCUGCCAAGCUGCACCGUGCCAUUCUUGGCCCCAACGGCACUACCCUCAACGCCGUCAUUGGCGAAGACAGGCUCGUUGCCGUCAAGCUUGGUUCGAGCAAGGCCGCCACAGCAGACAAGUCUGGCUCCACCCUCUCAGAGGACUCGAUCUUGGUUCGUGGUCCCAGCUCGGAAGUCGAGCGUGUCGUCAAGGAGCUCAACCGCAUCGCCGCCGAGGCCGAGCAGGACAACAUCAUCAACGGCCACGUCGCCGAAUUCUCGGUCGACCCCAACCACGUCCCUCAUCUCGUCGGUCGCGGCGGCUCGGCCAUCACCAAGCUGCGAGAGGAGCUCGGCGUGCGCAUCGACUUUGGCGAGCCUUCCAGCGCUGAGGGUGCCGACGCCGCCAAGAAGGGUCGUAAGACUGCUUCCUCGACCAAGGUCGUGCUCACCGGUCGCAAGGAGAACGUCGAGGAGGCCAAGAAGCGCCUUCAGACCCAGGUCGAGAGGCUGGCGGACGAGACAAGCGUUACGCUCAAGAUUCCUCAGGAGAUGCACGGAAGCUUCAUCGGUCAGGGCGGCAAGUACGUCACUCGACUCCAGGAUACUUACGCCGUGCGCAUCAACUUCCCCAACGCCAACGCGCAAAGCGGUACCUCGACUCCGUCCGAGAAUGUCGACGACAAGCAGGCGGGAGGCCGAUCGACUCAGAAGCCUGACGAGGUCAUCAUCAAGGGAGGCAAGAAGGGUGUCGAGGGUGCCAAAGCCGAGUUGCUCGAGCUUCUCGAGUACGAGAAGGAGAACAACAACGUCAUCAAUCUGGCUGUGAGCACCAAGUCUGUCGCCCGUAUCAUGGGCAAGGGCGGUGCUACCAUCAAGCAGAUCCGAGACGAGAGCGAGGCUCAAGUCGAUGUCGACCGGGAAGACAACGAGAAGGACGGCACCACCUCGAUCAAGAUCAGGGGCACCAAGAAGGCGAUCGCUGCCGCCAAAAAGGCCAUCGAGGCCAUCUCGUCCGAGGUCGACGCCGAGGAGGUCUAUACGCUCACCAUCGCUCCCGAGCAUCACGGCAUCCUCAUCGGCCCUCAGGGAUCCAACAUCCGUGAUCUCAUCAUCAAGGCCGGUGGUCCCGAGGACACCAAGGCUUCGUCGCAGUAUGUGCAGUUCCCACGCCGAAACGAGAAGGACUCAUCGACGGUCACCGUCCGUGGUCCUGCCUCGCUGGCCAAGGCGAUUCGCGACGAGCUCCAGAGUGCCGCUCAGGUGCUUGCUUCUCGCGUCGUCUACGGUGUCAUCGUGGCUCCACAGGCACAGAGGAUGCUGAUUGGCCGAGGCGGUUCGCGUCAGUCCGAGUUGCAGACUCAGUACUCUGUCCGACUCGUCUUCCCUGGCUGGAAGGAGUACGCUUCCACUGGCGAGCCGCUCAACAAGGCUGAGCUCACUGGCGGUGACGACGCGACCAUCGUGAAGAUCGUUGGUGCCGAAGAUAGGUGCCAGGCGCUGGCGGAGGAGAUCAAGUCGAGCUUCGCCUCGGUUUCGAAGUCGAUCGAUGUGCCUCGUGGAGUUCACGCUCGUAUCGCGACGCCGCAAUUCUUCCGCCAACUCCGAUCGGACUUUGGCGUCUCGGUCGACACGCCGCGGGACUCCGCCUCGGCCUCGAAGUCGGCUGCUCCUGCCAAGAAUGGUGCCAGCAAGCCUGUUGGCGCUCGCAUCGACGACGAUGACGACGCUGCGGAGGAGAACGAGUUUGAGCUCGAGGAGCUCUCCGCUGCUUCGUCGGGCAGCGACACCGUCUCGUGGAGCCUCACGGGUAAGGACGAGGGCUCGCUGCAAAAGGCCGAGAAGCGCAUCCAGACGGCCAUCAAGGAGGCGGGCGAUGCGUCGCACCAGGGCAAGCUGUGGGUCUCGCCCUCCGCCGUCCCCCGCAUCAUCGGUCGCGGCGGAAGCGGCCUGAUGAACAUUCAAAAGGAGUCUGGCGCCGCUGUCGAGAUCCCGCGUGACGCUGGCGGACUGUGCAUCAUCCGCGGCUCCAAGGACGCCGUGCUGCACGCCAAGGAGCUCAUCGAGGGCGUCGCCGGUCGCGCUUAG